AUGGCGUUGUCUGAGUUCAAGUUUCAAUAUGUGUCUCAAAAGUCAGUCAAGGGCCAAGCAUUGGCCGAUUUUCUUGCUCAUCACCCUUCGAAUGAGUUUGAAGAAGCCGAGGAGGUUGAUAUUGGGAAUAUAUAUUUGGCUUCCAUGACCAAUAACCACUGGACCAUGUAUUUUGAUGGGUCUAGUACUGAAUUUUCAGCCGGAGCUGGUGUUGUCGUUGAAACGCCUGAAGGACAAAAGUUCCAGUUCGCCUUCCAAUUAGACUUUACAUGCACAAACAAUCAGGCAGAAUAUGAGGCUCUUAUUGUUGGUUUGGAGGUUCUCCAAGAGUUGGGAGCACGGCGAGUUCUGGUGUUCGGGGAUUCUCAACUGGUCAUUAACCAAAUGAAUAAGGAGUUCAAAUGCACAAGCUGGGAACUUUUACCCUAUCACGCUUUAGCCGACCAGCUCACCAACACGUUCGACCGGAUCUCUUUCACCCACCUCCCAAGGGGACAGAACAUGGAGGCCAAUGAGAUGGCCCAAUUAGCCUCGGGGUUAUGGAUCCCCUAA